ACGAUGACGAGGUCGAGCGGAGAGUGGAGCACACUUGUAAGCUCCGGGACGCGACAAAGUGGCGCGGGAGCCCGUGCGAGUUCAGAGCUGGACGAAAGUCGCAAAACGUUAUCGACGACGCGACGCUAAACAUAGUUCUUGUCGUCAUUAUGAUGCCUGAAACUCUUCGAGCAGAGCGCGUCCCGCCGACUUGGAAUCACGACAUGCGACUGGCCGAGGAUGUGCGAUUUUGAACUGGAGACGCGGACACAAUCCUCGUGCAAGUGGCCGAGUUCUCCAACGUUUAGGCUCGGAACGGCAGACGCCUUCAGCUCAGGCGCAAGCAGGAGGAGGAGGAGGAAGAGUAUCAGGAAUCGAUCGAUUGCACAGUGAGCGAGCGAAUCCGAAUGCUGUCCAGUGUCGUGAGUCUUGAAGAGCACCCGGUUGCGGAUGUGUUCUGUUCGUUUUUGUAUGGUAGCCUUUGAAUAUUCGCUCGGUGACUUUGAAUUGGAACGAAGGGUCUGGUGGCCAAGACGUUUUGAGUAUUCGCAAAGGUGAUAGGAGCACGACAACGGAACCGUUUCAGCUGGUGAUGUAGAGAGCCCUAGUCUUAACGAAAGCUGCUUCUUCGACGAAGAUCUCAUGUUUAAUCUGUACAUAUUCAGUUGUACUCGUUGUAGUUGUACUCGUUGCUUUUAAAUUCCAGGUGGAGGUUUAAGUUCUGUAACAGCGAAGUGGUUCUUUCUGUACAACACUUCACGCUGUCAAGGGCAAACAGAUGUCGUUGACUAUGAGGUAUCAACUCUACAAUUCGGUGAAAACACUUACUACUGGACUCCUGGACUCUCCUACUACCAGGCAUAUUCCAAAAUUCACCGUGACAAUAAGGAGACAGAAGGUAGAGAAUGCAAGUUCAUUCUGUCCACGUGCCAGUCCUGAGCUCUACAAGAGCUUUCAGGGCAGAUAUAUAUUAUGGAAUCAAGUCCAUGUUCAGUCAGGAUCAUGGACAAGAACUCUUCCCUCGGGCAUUAGGGCUAGUAGCAAUUCCAAUGAUAUGAAUCAACAAAAUGUACGCAAAGGUGGCAGUUUACUGGGCGGUGUGCUGAAGCUUUUGUUCAAGGUGGCAGCUGGACUUGCUUUGGCUGCUAUUAUAACUGUUGCGUCUCUGCCUUCUCUUCUUUCUUGGCCAACAGCAAGAAGAGUUGCUUUAGAUCUGGCAAACAAUACUAUACCAGGCACAGUUUCUGUCAAAUCAGCCUCACUUGGAUGGACAAAGCCAUGUCGCGUCGAAGGGAUAUCACUUCGAGGGUCAGAAGGUGAAGAAGUUCUGGCCAUACCGAAAAUAGAGAGUGGAGCUCCUCUCUGGUCUAUCGCCCUUGGAAAAUCUGGUCUAGGGGACGUAAUUGUCACUUCUCCUGUCGUUGAUCUUCAAUCAAAUGCCUCGAAUGGUCUUCCACGGUUGGCACUAGCAUUGACUCCCACUGAAAAGCUUCUGGAGAAUAGCCCUGGUGCAAAGAGGCCGCCGAGGCAAGUGAAGAUUCCUUCUGCAGAUGCCGGUCUAACUGUUACGGUCAAAGCUGACAAAGGAGGUCUAGAAGUCACAGACGGAAAGCUCAUUCUUCCUGGUGAUCUGGCGGCUGCUUUGGGGAAAAGAUUAUUUGUGAAUGUUGACUUGGGUUCAUCGGCCACCAAAGAAAGUGACGAGUUGAAACUUGCAUCGAAUCAAAGCAAUGGAGUGCCUUUGCGAGCCACAUUAUGGUCAGACUGUGCUCAAAUGGAUGCUGUUGGCUUCCUCCAGCCAAAAGCAAGCAAACUGAAACUCAUUAAACCACUCAAAGCCGAAAUGGAUCUUACUCCAGCAUUUGCCAAGUUCUACUUGGCCCAGUUAAACCCUCUACUUGGUGAGAUUCUCGGUCCUGCAGUACAGGACGACGAUAUGCCUGAUAUCAUUGUGCAAGUUACACCGACUAACAUGGAGCUGCCUUCUGACCACUAUAAGAUCAGCAUUGCUCCAAUUAAAGUGACCUUGGCCCGAGGUCAGGUGAUAGACGGAGUUUUGUCUUUACUUUCGAAGCAAGAAUUAGCGAAGGGCAAAAGAAAUCUUACUAUGCAGACAUCAGUUAUCGACGCUAAGCUGGAUAUGCCAGGGAGCUUCGACUGCUCGCGUCUGGAUGUUCUCAUUGCAGAUAAAGUACACGUCGCAACAUGGGGACAAGUGAACUCCAUUGAUGAAACCGUUCGUAUGACGCUGGCAAUACCUGGUCCUUCUUUAAGAGAUGUAAUGGGUUUGACAAAAGUCCCCUCGAACUACUACUUAAAGAUUCCUGUAUCCGGCACAUUCGACAAGCCGAAGGUUGAUUGGAAGACCGCUGGGGUGGGCCUUGCACAACUUACGGCACGACAGCGAGGUGGACAGCUGAUGCAGACCUUCUUGAACUAUGUUGACACCAAUGAAAAAUCAGAUGUCCCUGAACCAGGCAGCAAACUACCAUGGGAACAGAGUAGCGCCGAGCAUGCACAGUAGGAAUCUAUGGCAUUUUCCUACAGCGACUGAAGCCCCGGUAAACGGCGGCAUCAUCCACAUCAUUGCUUCGGAUCCCAUAUUUCAUGUCCUGAUAAUCAACUGUGAAUUUGGGCUGGUAUACCCAACUCAAAACAUAGUCGCCUUGUAUUGAUUAAUUGAUUGUAUAUUCAAUUUUAAUGAAAGCUCCCG